UUCUCUCAUUUGAUACUAACAGCAAAAGGACAACUGUAUGUCUAACUUACUUGACUUCAUUAUUUGGCUUUCAAUUACAUUAACUAUAUGAAAAACCAUACAGAAAUUAGCCUGUGAACCAUAACACAGAGGCUUAAAUGAUUUGAUUGAAACGUUACAGACGAUACUCAGUCUUUCUCUUAAGGGCAGGACCUCAACACCGCAGGUGGAAAGCAACAAAAAGAACAAGACAAAGAAAACUAGGAGGAUUUUCCCUGGAAGACACACCAGACACACAUAGCUAUGUGAAGCCAACUGCUACUGAGGGAAAAAUGCCAAAUUUUUAUUUGUUUGACUCAAUCAUUUUUGCUUCUUAAGAGGAGAGGGAAGAUGAAAGAUCGACUUCAAGAACUAAAGCAACGAACGAAGGAAAUCGAACUCUCUAAAGACAGGCAUGUGUCAGCCAUAGAAGCAGAAGAACAAGGAGUGUUUUUGCAGCAAGCUGUUAUUUAUGAAAGAGAGCCUGUAGCUGAGAGACACCUGCAUGAAAUCCAAAAACUACAGGAGAGUAUUAACAAUUUGACAGAUGAUGUUCAAAAAUUUGGGCAGCAACAGAGAAGUCUGUUGGCUUCAAUGAGAAGGUUUAGUCUACUUAAGAGAGAGUCUAGCAUUACAAAGGAGAUAAAAAUCCAAGCAGAACACAUUAAUAGAGGUUUGGAUGAUUUAGUAAAAGAAGUUAAAAAGUCGGAGGCUGAAAACGGUCCAUCAUCAGUGGUGACAAGGAUACUGAAAUCUCAGCAUGCUGCUAUGUUCCGCCAAUUUCAGCAAACCAUGUUUACAUACAAUGAUACAAUAGCAGCAAAGCAAGACAAGUGCAAGACAUUUAUUUUCCGUCAGCUUGAGGUUGCUGGAAAAGACGUGCCUGAAGAAGAAGUAAAUGAUAUGCUUUAUCAAGGAAAAUGGGAAGUUUUCAAUGAAAGCUUACUUACAGAAAUCACUAUUACUAAAGCACAACUCUCAGAGAUAGAACAGAGACACAAGGAACUUGUUAAUUUGGAGAACCAAAUAAAGGACUUAAGGGACCUUUUCAUUCAGAUAUCUCUUUUAGUAGAGGAACAAGGAGAAAGCAUCAACAAUAUUGAAAUGAUGGUGAACGGUACAAAAGAAUACGUUAAUACUACUAAAGAGAAAUUUGGACUAGCUGUAAAAUACAAAAAAAGAAAUCCUUGUAAGGUAUUGUGCUGUUGGUGUUGUCCAUGCUGUAGUUCAAAAUAAAGAGGCUAUUUUAGACAUUUUUCCAGUUUUAGGAUGAAGAUAUCCUACGUUUCAGCGUUUUCCUUCAUUUUAUAGAUCCAUUCACACAACUUUCAUCACAACGAAGUCAUAAUUAUCCUCUUUAGUCCUUACCUGCUAGAACAGAAACUUUUGAAGUCAGUGACAAAACAAGCCUUCACUUAUUAAACUAAAAACAGUAUAGUUAUUAGCUUUAAACUCAUGGAUUAACUAUUGAAAAUGGAAUCAAUGAUCUUAUAUUUCUGUUCAACUAUCAAGCGCUAGUAUGUAUUUUUGUAACUUUCAAUGCCUUAGUAAGAUGAGUGUCAGUGACAACUGCCUAAACAGUCCUUCUGGACUGUUUGAGAGUAUUUUAGUAGUUAAGAGGUAUAUAUAACAAGACCUCUGAGUGCUGUAUUAAAGCAAAAUCAAACCAGAAGCUCUGUCAAAUCUUUUAUGCUCAGAUAGGUCAGUUAACUCAGUGCCCAACAUACCUUGGGAAAUUCUAACCAUGUACUCAAUGAAGAAUCUGUUUGGUAACUGGGAGCUGAAUCUAGCUUAAGGCCUAAGAAAGUAAGGCACUGUUUUCCUGAACGUGGCUCCCUUCAGUACACUCUGUUACAAGUCAAGAAGUUUGGCAAAUAAUGUAGAAAAUAAAGGUAACUGCAUUCUCCAAAGUUUCUCCAUCACUUUACCACAUAAGCUGAGCACUGCUCUAUGGGCUGGGGAGAGUUUGAACUCACAGAGCGAUAGAGAUUUGGAAUUCACAUUUUAGUGGACAAAGCAGAUAACUAACAAAUAUAAAUAUUAGAUAAUAUUAAGUUCUCAGUAGAAACUUAAAACAAGGCGUUGAGACACAGAUGGUUGGAGUGGCUUCUUUUGGUUGGGUGGUCAGUGAGGGUCUCUCUGAAAGGUAAUAGUAAAUGAAGAUCUGAAUGAUUAAGACAAGUAAAAGUAUAUCCCAGGCAUAGAAAACAGUUACAAAGACCUUGAGGAUGACAUAACGUAUUCUGCUUAAAGAAAAGUGAGUAAUACAUCUGUACCAUGGUAAGGGAAGAGUAGCAAGGUAAGAGAUAAAGUUAAGAAAGGUCACCAGGGGCUAGACUGAAGCCUUUGUAAGCCACAUAAGUUCAAACUUUACAGCAAAUUUAAUCAAUGCAAAGUCCUCAGACUGUUUUGGCCUGAAAAUAGUGUUAUACAAUUUAUAUUUGAGAAAAAUCAAUCUGUCCACUGUAUGUGGGUUAGAAUGGGUUUGGGGCAGAUGAGUAGAGGACAAGUAUGCAGGUAUAGAAAACAAUCAGGUUAAUGCAGUAAGCCCAGUAAAAGAGGUGGAAGCAUGGACUAGAAUGGGAGUAGAGGUGGUGGUGGUGACAGUACUAAUACUCAGGAUUAAUAAAAUAUGUACUACAUCUCAGCAUUGUUCUAAUGAUUUUACAUUUUUAACAACAAAAACACUGAGGUACAGCAAGGUUAAGUAACCUGUUCCAAGUCACAGAAACUGUGAGGAUCAGAAUUUGAACCAGGCAGUCUGAUUCUAGAAGCAGUUCUUUACUACAUACUAUACAAGUAGUGAUGAAAGAAAAAAAAAUUAGACUAGCUUAUGAUAGAUUUAAGAACUCGAAUCUAUAGGAUACUGACUGGAUGAGGAUGUCAUCAAAAAAAAAAAAAAGGCAGAGAUAAGGGUUUCAGAAUUGGGGGUAAAAGGGAAAUCUAGAAUCCUGUUUUGGCCAAGAAAACCUGAGAUUACUAUAAAAGGCCCAAGUGGAUAUUUCUAAGAUAUUAGCUGUGUCAGCAGGAGCUCUUGGAAGAGGUAAGGGCUAGAAAUAUAGAUUUGGGUCAUUUUGAAUAAACAAUAUUUAAGGUCAGGUGAUGUUAGAAUGAAAUCACCCAAGAAGUUUGUAGAUGUAAAAAACCAGAUGCCCAGAAAAGAGGCUGGAGUAUCCCAACAUUUCCUCCUAAAGCAAGAGUUAAUAAAGGAGAUUGAGAAAAAGCCAUCAAUGAAGUAGAAGGAAAACCAAAAAAGCAUGCUGCAAUGUUGUGUUAAAAGAACAAUGUUGAGGGAAAGGUGAACUUGAGCACAGCACGCUGAUAAAUGGAUUUGGCAACGUGGAGACAGUUUGUUGACUACAACAUGAGCAGUUUCAAGGAACGGUAGGUAUCUAAGCACAAGUGGAGUAUGUGGAAGAAAGAAGGUCGUAUGAAAAAGUAUAGCAGCUGCUAUAAACUAUUCUCUCCAGCCAUGUGAAUAGAGGACUAUAAAAAGGAACUACCUGCUGAAGAGGAAUGCAGAGUCAAAAGAUUCCAUAAUAGUUGGCAAGACUAUCCCACUGACGGGAAUGAUCCAGAGAGCCAAAGUCUUGAUAUAAGACAGGGAAGGAAUUAUAUGCAAAAGUAGGAAGGGCUGGGACCUAUAGCACAGAUGAAGAAGCUGGCCUUACAGAGGAGCUGAAGCACGUUUUCCAAGUACUAGGAGAGAAGGCAACAUUCAGGAAGAAAAGCUGAUAAGGAUAGUUCAGCAAAAAUGUGGUCCUAAAUGAGAGAACUCUCAUGUAAUAGUUUCUAUUUCCUAAAGAACUGAGACCACAUAAUUGACUGAAAGCAUGAUGAAAUUAAAGGACAGCACGAAUAUACAUAUCUACUAACACUAUAAAAUAAUUUCUAAAUUAUAAAAUAUAAGGAGAUUAAA